AUGGAACGGAAACCGUUCGUGUGGAAAUGCUACUACAUAUUCCCAAACACGGCCGACACGUACCAUCUGCUGGCGUUUCCCUUCACCUCUCCAAUACCCCAACAGAUCAAAGACAUCACCCGGGCCAUCAAGAAGGCAGUCGUCGCCGGCUCGCUGGAUGAAGUGCGCUCGAAAGCAGCGGAAAAAUUCAACCGACCGGAACUGCCCAACAUUCAUCUGGACUCGGACGGGACCGAGGUGGACGACGAAGACUACUUCCAAACGCUGGAACCCAACGCCGAACUGAUAGUCGUCUUCCCCGGUGAACAGUGGAUUGAUCCAACCCACUACGUGACGAUAACGACCCACAAGGAAACCGGCGACACAACGGACAGCCCCGAGGUGGAACGGAUACACCUGAAGAAGCUCGUCGCCCAGAUGAAGUCCAACCUGUGCAACGUGUCGGUCCUGAGCGAACCGGACCUGGAGCUGCUGUCCAACAUGGACCCCAACUCGGUGGCGGACAUCACCGGGCGGGACUUUAUCGAGCAGCUCAAGGAAGCAUCAGGCAGAAUCCUGCAUGAAAAGCGACAGGCUCUUGACGCAAUUGAGCUGCUAAAGUUGAUCGCCAAGCAGAAGGCCACCAUCCCGAGCAUCGUGCACAACAUCCCGGGUGGCGAGCCACAGGACGACGAAGAUGGUGACGAUGACAAUUACGUGGAGGGUUGCAGCAGCAUGAUGAUGGGCGGUGGCGGCUAUCCGCUGCCCCCGGACGAUGUCGAUGGUAGUAGCAGUAACCAGCAGAGGAGAAGCAGCAGCAGUAGCAUCAGCAGUGGUAAGCAAAUCACCCUCGAACUGGAUCCCCGAACGCUAGCCACCAUCCACCAUCAGUACCAGCAGAACCCGCAUAGUAUGGGAGAUAGUAGUGCUUCCGGAACCGUGGUGGUUAGUUCCGCGGCCUCAACGGACCUUGCGAAUGCUUCCCUGGACGGCAGCAGCAGCAGUGGUGCCAACCGUGGCGAUACGUCGAACAUUUGAUAUAUGGUUUACCAGAUCAACUUUUGCCACAAGUAAGUUUCGAUUCAAGUUUGCUCAAUUGUUUUUAGCCCAAAAUCACAGAACAAAUCAAACACACAGUUGUACAAAUUAUUGUUGUUGGGGAGCGGUUGUUGCCCACGAAACACGAGCUCCAAAAUUUUGCUGCCAGUUUGGCGAAAAAACUCUAUGAUGUUGAUCGCGCAGUAAAUCAAAAGAAAUGGGAGUGUAUUAGUACGAACAAGAUACAGUAGAACAAAUGUAAAUUGGACGAUACAAGGAAAAAGAAGAGAAUGAAGAAAAACAACUUGAAAACUGUAAAACAAAAACUCUGCCCAUACGGAUUGCCUUAAUUUAGUUGAUUAAAUAUGCGAUUAGGAUCACGUAACGACGUAUAUACGAAUAUCAGUUUGUAGAACGUGACACAACUCGGAUGCAGUUCAUUUUUUUUUUCUUAAGAGCGGUUGAAUAGUUUAAAUUGAAAUCAUUUAAUGCCUUUAUUGAGUAUUUGAUUCCAUUUUUAAUGUUUUUUUUUUUCAUUGCAAAACUUUGAAAACAUGGGUUGCUGACCGACAUCCUGAUAAUGUGACCCGCCCACCGUAGCUUCCCCAUUCUCGCGGUGUGAACGAUGGUUUGACUCUCAAAUAUAUUACAAGAAAUGUAUUAACUGUUCAUUUGAUUGGGAAAUUUUGAUUUAAUGCAGACUAACACUUGGUAUCUUAUAGUUGGGUUUUAUAUUAUCCAAGCUGAUCCAUAAGAUCAGCAUAAUCAGAGAUGCAUGACCACAUUUGCUUAGACGGGGUGUUACGCAAGAAAGCAGAGCUGUAGCCUAUGAAACCGUAGAAGUUAACAGUAGCUAUCUGCUAAGUACCCGGUUGCGAUAUGGUGACAAAACUUUUAAAUUCUUAUGUGUAGCUAUUACAUAUUGAAAUUUCGGGCUCGUCGUCUCAAACUUAAGAGGCGUCUAAGUUUCUACGCAAUAAUAAACGGGAUAAUGGAGACGCAUGAUCAUCCAUAUGUCGAAUGUACAGUCGCAAUGCCUUUCCUUGUAGGAUUUCUCCUAAUUGGGGAUGGUGCACGGAGAAACGAGAGUACCUAAAGGGAAGUUCAAUCAACCCGGCUUCGAGAUUGCGUGCGGAAAGCCAAUUUUGAGAUCGUGAUGUCCGUUUGCUCGCUUGCGGGUACCUACAGCUACAGUUGUUUUUACUCAACCGCUACUUACUCAAUAAUGGCUUCCCGCACCAAACUGUCAAAGUUGGAUUCUUUUGCUCUUCGCUCUCUGAUAACAAUGAAGAGAGAGCGAAUGAAAGGGUAUGCAAAAAAAGAACUAAAAAGUUAGUUUAAAAGCUCCUUAAUUUAAGUUCUCUUGGCGUAUUCCAAGAAAACACCAAACUUUCUUUUGAAAAGUUCUACAGGUAUGCUCCGUUUUUGUCAUACUCAAUUGUUAUCACGUUCCGUGAUAACAAACGCUACUCCGAUUUUAUCACGUUUCUGCAUUCACCGAUUUUAUCAACAUACCGCGAGUGUAAAAACAAGAAAACAUAUUCCGUUUGUACAUACUAAAACUCAAUUUUUGACCAAAAUUAUUUCCUGGAAUACCUUCUGGGAUGCCUACAGAAAUUGCAUCUGAGGAUUCAGGAAUUCUAUCUGGCGUUACUCCAGAAAUGUCAUCUUUGAUUCUUUAAGGAAUUCCUUCUGGGAAUUAACCUUGGAUGCCUUCUGUGUAUUCCUCCAGAUUCCUUUAUGAGUCUUCCAGGAAGACUCUUCCUCGACGAAAUAGUUCAUAAACUUGGGAUCGAUGAAUGUAGCGGGUUUCGGCCGGUACUUGGCCGACAGGACCAGCGGGCGUUGAUCUGAAUAAACAAACAAUCAUACGCAAGAAAAUCCAUACACUGGAACAACCUUCCGGUUACAUUAUACACGGUACCACCCACUUCGCCAUCCAGGAAUCAUUCAGGAGCUUCUUCCCAGAUGUAACUUCUGGAGAAUUUCUAGAAUACAAUCCUGUGUGGUUUCCAGAAGGAACUCUUGGAGGACACGCAGUAAGAAAUCAUGGUGAAAUUGACGAUUAUAGAGUAAGUAGAGCAAAAUCUCUUGGAAGUAUACAAGAUUAAAGUUUCAACAGGAACUCCUGCUCGCAUACUAAAGAGAACUCCUGGAGGAAUCCCAAGAAGGAUUUCCGGAAAAUUCCAGAAGGAACUCUUUUUUUCACUUUUUUUUUUAAUUGUUUGAUGAUGAUAAAUGAAUCUUAGAUGAUGAUGAUGAAUCUUAGAAGCAACUCCUAAUGAAAUCUUGGAAAAACUUUUGGAGGAAUACCAGAAUCCCAGAAAAAUGCCUCAGAAAAAAAUCUAGAGUUCAUCCAGGCACGAUACUCCAUGAGGAGGGAUUUCUGAAAAAAAAAUCUUGAAUGAAUUCCCGUACGAAAUUCAGAGGAAAGUCUUGAACAAACUCGAUCAACGGACAUCACAUAGAAUACCCAGUGGCUCAGUGGAGAAUUUUCCGAUUUACGAAAAGUUUUCCCCGACUGGAGCGGGAAUCGAACCCACACUCCGAGGCUUACGAGACACCUAAACGACUGACGCCGCUAACCGCUCGGCCACACUAAGCGCUCCCUUUUGUGGAGUCUCGUAGCCGUGCGAUUAGGGUCACCAAGCUUAUAAUCGCACCAUGCUAUGGGGUGAGGGUUCGAUUCCCGCUUCGGGCGUUGAAACUUUUCGUGAGAAUAGUUUCUUCCCCGUUUCCACUGGUGCAUGUUCCGUUGUCCGUUGUCUAAUGUUAAGUUUAAAACAGUCUGUACAGCCGAAAGCUGAAGACGUUGUCCGUGUCUUUUUUUUUUUUUUUGGAGGAAUCCCUCGAGGAAACCUAAAAGAAGCUCUGAAGGAGAGAUAUUGCUUGAGGUGUCCUAAAAGUAUUCUAAAAAAGCUAUUAAAGGAAACCAUGAAGGAAUUUCAAAUGAUAGUGAUGGAGGAAUCCCUUUCAGAAGAGAAAGCAUGGCCUUUUUUUGUUAAAAUAUCGAAAUCGCGUCUGUCUAACGCAGACACUAGUUCAAAGUGAUAAUCAAUAGUUCCGGGCCAUUUAGACGAAUUCCACAUGCCCGAAUUUCAUUUGAUCGAAUGCUAUUUGCCCAAAAGUGUAAUUUGACCGAACGCCGAUUGGCCGAAUGAAUGAUGAACUCAAGUGAUCAUGACACUCGUGAGAACAGCCUAUGAUUUACGGAAAUCUCUGAUAGCAGUUUCAGUGCACAACAGUGGGAACACUCACUUGCAAAGAGUUACACUCACUUGCUAUUUUCUCAGCUCAAAAGCGUGCAAUCAAGAAACGAUGUAUGGACGACUUUUGCAUUGUGGUUUUGUCUAAAACUUUGCCGAACAGAGUAGGGGUCGCACACGCAUACCGAAGUCGUGAGGGAGCUGCGAAGGCAACUCUCCACGAGGUGAAUGUAAAUUACAAUUCUGUCACGACUUUGGUAUGCGUGUGCGACCCCUACUCUGUUCGGCAAAGUUUUAGAUAAAACCACAAUGCAAAAACCGUCCAUACAUCGUUUCUUGAUUACACGCUUCUGAGCUGAGAAAAUGGCAAGUGAGUGUACAUCUUUAAAAGUGAGUGUUCCCAACCCUGAGUGCCAAGCUAACUAAUCACUGAAUGGUAAAACUUAAAAAAGCCUAAUAUUGAAAGAAGCAUAUAUUUCUGAAGAUCAUAUUUGCAACUACAAUGUCAAUUGGCUGGACUGGGCACCAUACUUGAUAACUAGUCCUACUCAGCAACAUAACUGAAGUCACGCUCCGCCAGACUGAUCCCGACCCCCUGACGAACUUUGUCGAAGAUAAAACUUUACGAUUAGCUUUGAAUCUCGAGAUAGAGCAGUUCACAACUUAUCUUGACAACAAGCUUCACCUGGCUUCCAACAAGUUGAUGUAAAGUUGUUCAUGACGGAUUUUGUCAAAGAUGUCAAAGAUGACACUUUCCUACCUGCUUCGAAUCCCACGAUACGACAAUUCAAAACUUCAUUCGAUUACUAAGUGCCAACUAAAGGAAAAUUGAUAACUAAUAUGAGUAUUGCCAGAUUGCUUUUGAUUGAUUGAUUGAUUUGUCUUUAUUAAAGAGACUUUCAGCCCUUGGCUGGUUCGUCUCUUUUGCUUUUGACUUAAUGAAGAACUUUGUCGAAAACGGAACUGGAUUUUUAUACCAAAACAUUUUUUUCUCCAUGAGGGCAAUUACCGAUUUUCAAAAUUAUUGCAUCAAUUGAAAGCUGAGACAUUUAUACAUAACAUAUAAAAAAAUUAGAGAUGUCUUUUUCUUCUUUCAAAAGUUAUCUGCCGUUUUGUAAAUCCUGCCACUUAUACGCACUGGGCCCGGUGCCGGCUGUUUACAUAAAUGCAGCGUUAUUUCGCAGUGUUCACGAACACGAAUUUAAAUUCUGAGUCCACUAAUGGAAAGCUGAAGGUUUAAGCUUUUCAAAAUACUAUGAAAGUUAUGAAAACAAUGCCCGCAUCGUUGAGAAACAGUCAAAAACGGAAACGAACCUCCGAUUUGGCCAAAUUUUGCGGCACAUGCCUUUGUGUAAACUCGGAUGCUGUUGCAUGUCGUUGCCGGUGCGCAUGGAAAUGUAUGGAGAAAACGUGGCUUAAUUUACAAAACUGCAGAUAACUUUUGAUAGGAAAAAAAGACAUCUCCAAUUUUUUGAUAUGUUAUGUAUAAAUGCCUCAGCUUUCAAUUGAUGCAAAAAUUUUGAAUUUUGGCUGCCCUCAUGGUGAAAAAAAAAUGUUUUGGUAUAAAAAUCCAAGAUGGCGGCCAAAAUCAAUAUGGCCAACCCAACUUUUUAUUAUUGUGAAUAGUAGCUCUAUCUUUCCUCUUUUCAACAACAAUUCGUUUUAAGGUGGUUUUCUGAGAAACUUUCGAGUUAUAACGGUUUAAAUGAGCCACCAUUUGACCAAAAUCGAGGGGUCUGCAAAAAUUGUUGUGGCUCUAACUAACGGGGGGUCCAUCAAUUUGGGUAACCAAAUGCAUUUUUAUGACUUUUUAGCGAGGGCUUUCAGAAAAUCGGCACCUUAAACAUUUUUGAAGACAAGGUGUAAAUAGUGGGCCGGUCUCAGCGAGAAUUACCCAAAUAGAGAAGCUCAAGACUUUACUUGACAACUCGCGCUACCUAGCGGCUAAUUAGUGAAUCACCAGAUUGUUCUUGUCUUUUUGGAACUCCAUCAGUAGUUUAUAAAGGAAAUUCUUCGGAAAUUCCGUUAGAAAUCUGUGUGAAAAUUUCCUACGGCAUUUUUUCAGGAAUUUCUCCGGCAAUAUGUUUAGGAAAUUCUCCGGCAUUUUUCCCGAUUUUCCGCUUCAAACUAUUUACGGAAUUUCCCCGAGAGUUUCUUCAAGAAUUACUUAAAUCACUUUACUAAGAAAAAAAAACAGAACUCACAAAUUCAGAACAAUUUUUCAUCAGCAGAUGCAAUAAUUUCUCUGGUACUUAUGUUCUGAAUCUCUCCGACACCUUUUUAUGAAGCUCCUUACUUCUCUGGAUUUCGUUUUAGUUUGUCUGAUUUUUUACAGAUUCCACUGGAAAUUUCUUCUUCCAGAAUUCCUCCAGGCAUUUCUUUGGCAAUUUCUAUAGAAACUGAUUUUUAGUAAUUAUUCAAAAUUUUCUUCAUGAUUUUUUUUUUUAAUUCCUCAUACAUUUUUCGUGUUUAACUCUGGCAAUUUAUUGGUGAAUUCCUUUGGGAAUCCAUUUGACUUUUAUCCAUCUUAUUUAAAUAUUCUUUAGAUUUUUUUGUUAACUUAUUUAGAUAUUCCUUCAGCACUUCAGAGAUUUUUGCGACCAUUCCUUCAGAAAUUCACUGGAAAUUUGUUUGAUAGUUUUCUUUGCCAACUUCUUCAGAAUUUAGAGGCAUUUUCGUAUGUUUGGCCAUUUUGUUCUCUUCGUCGUGAAGGAUUUUUGAAACCUGAUGAACUCAAAGUUCCUCGAAUAUUUCCCAAUUGGGCAAUUGGGCUGCCAGAGACCCCUCCUGACAAAGAGAACAAACCUGCCGAUAGUACCCAAAGUCACCCUAUAUCGAUAAUUUCUUCCGAAGUUUCUCCGGUAGUUUUUCCAAGAUUUUCUCCGGAUUUUUUCUCAAUUAUUUUGUUUUUUUUUUUUUUCAAAAAUAUAUCCGGAAAUUCCUAAUGGAAUUUCUACGGAAAUUUAUUAAGCAAUUUUACUGGCUUUUUUUAGAAAUUCCCUUAGGACUCCCACGAGAGAAUCAUUAAGGAACUCUCGAUUUCAAUGGCAGCAGAUACAAUCUUAAGAAAAUGUUCCGAUAACAUCUUUCAAAAAUUCCUCUGAUAGGAAUCUUUUCGGUAAUUCUAUUGAAGAUAUAUCUCUCAUAGUUUCUUGAAAAUUUAAAGUAAUUUAACGAAAAAUAUUUGUUUGAACAAAUUGUUGUAGGAAUUGAAUUACCAAAGAAUCGUAAAUGAAUUACAAAGAGGGACCAUUGCCAGUGAUAUUUGUAAAUAAAUUGCGGAAUAAAUUUCUUAAGAGAAACCCGGAAAAGUUACUGUAGGAAACUUUAAAACAUGCCAGGAAAUACCCGCAGGUGAAAUUCGUUCACAUAAAGUAGUUGGUAGGAAAAUGUCUAAAAAUUAUAGAGAAUUGUCUUAAAAUUCCGGAUGAAAUUCUAAAGAAAAACAGAACAAUUCCUAAGAAAUGGCCGAACGAAUGUAUUAGAGAUUAUUGAAAAAUUUCUUAAAUAAAUGUCUUGAGAAAUGCCUGGAGGAAAGUGCGAAGGAACUCUCUAGAGGAUUACCGAAAGCAUACCUCUUAACGAACUGCUGAAGAAACUCCUCGAAAUUCCUAAGGAAUUCCAGAACAAACAUGAGGAAAUCGUUGACAAAGUUUUAAAUGAAAUCAAUAAAAAAAAAACAAAAAAUACCAAAGAAUUCCUAAAUAAAUUAGAGAAGAAUAUUUAAACAAAAAAUCCGGAGAAAUUUCUAAAGAAAUUUUCAAAAGUAAUGGUCGCAAUAAUCUCUUAAAGAAUUGUCGGACGAAAUGUAAAAAAACAUGAAAAGAAAAACGAAAUUUUCUCAAGAAUUUCUUGGAAUAUCGGAUGAAUUAAAUGAGACAUUAAAAAACUCCAGAAGAGCUCCUAAGAGAAUUGCCGGGGAAUUAUUAAAGAAACUUCCGGAGGAAAGACUUAAAACCCCGUCGCUGGUGUUUCUGAGAAAGUUACCUGAGGGAACUUUCGGAGAGACAAGAUGUUUUUCGAAUAAUUUUCUUAAGAAAUUUGUGGGAAAAUCCCUGAAAAUAAACUCAUAAAUAAAACUAAGUUUCAAUUUCUAAAGAAAUUACAUAUGAAAUUCCUGAAAAAUUAGCGUAAAAAUUAUCAAAAAAGUGUGAGGGGAAUUUCAGCAACAAUACUUAAAACAUUUUUGAAGAAAUUGCAGGUGGAAGGAAAAUGUCCUUCGAAUACUUAAAGUAAAUUCCGCAGGAAUUGUUUAGGAAACUUUCGAAAGAAUUUCUGCAGAAGUUUCUUGAAGAGUUUUUAGAUUUUUUUUAAGGAAAUAGUUGAAGGAAAUCAUGAAAAUAAUUCAUCAAUAUUUCUUAGGAGGUUUUCCAUAGGAAUUUCCAAAAAAUAAUCCUGAAUUAAUUGGAUAUAUCUCUUUAGAAUAAUAUAGGGGACAUACUGGAGAAAUUCCUGAAGGAAAUUCAAAGAAAUUUAUCAUUUCUGGAAAAAAAAUCCUUAAGAUUUUUUUAUAAUUAUAGCUGCAUAUCAAUCGCAUCGUGAAAGUUGUGCAAAUUUACAUCCAUCCCAUGUUGCAUUUUUUUCUUUAAUUCUUUAAAUAACAGAAACUUGAAAUAGUAGUUUACGCAACAAGGUGCAGAAUAAAGAUUUUUACAGCACGAGUCGUACAUUUAUCCAACGAGGCUUGCCGAGUUGGAUAAUCACGACGAGCGCUGUAAAAAUCUAGUUCUGCACUGAGUUGCGUACAACGUUUUUUGCAUUUUCAUAAAUAAUCACUUGAUGAUAGUUUUUAACAAAACUUUUUCAUCAAACUGCACACUGAUGUUCAUAGCCAUGUUUAAGGAAGGCUGAUCAUAGUAGGUUAUACUGUGCAGUUGUCACAAUUUUUCAAAUUUGCGUCCAGAAAGCAUAUAGAAGUUGAUCAAAACUGAAAACAGUGUUGUAAUGGUUCAUUACGGAACGCAAAUCAGUGAUGUAAUGAAUCAUUACCGCACUGUUAAUUUAGUGUGAGAAAGUGGGACUUUUCCUGGCAGAUUUGCGUGUAAGGUUAAACAGCCUAUUACGAUGAGAAAUUGCAAAAAAGUUUUAACUUGCGAUAAUAUAUAUUUUUCCUCAUUAACAUCGAAAAAAUCCACAUUACCAUCCUUAAAGAAUUGUUGAAUAUACCUAUUUAUUUAGAAUUGAGCAGGGGACAUACUGGAGAAAUUCCUGAAGGAAAUUCAAAGAAAUUUAUCAUUUCUGGAAAAAAAAAUCCUUAAGAUUUUUUUUAUAAUUAUAGCUGCAUAUCAAUCGCAUCGUGAAAGUUUUGCAAAUUUACAUCCAUCCCAUGUUGCAUUUUUUUCUUUAAUUCUUUAAAUAACAGAAACUUGAAAAAGUUUAAACUUGCGAUAAUAUAUAUUUUUCCUCAUUAACAUUGAAACAUUGCAUUAACAGUACGAGUGCUUGCAUUCCACCCCUACUCAACCGCAAAAAAAAAUACAAUUAUUAUGAGCUGCUUCCGAGUAAUUUCUAGAGGACAAUUAUAAGUAUUCGUACACACAUAUAUUUCGAGUCAGCAUUUGAUUGAUGUUUCUUAGCAAUGUUUUUGAUACACAACAACAAAAGCGUAUAACGGAUUUCGGUAGACUGACUUAAAUUCAAUUUAUAAACACGAAGAAUAUCUAACACGAGCAGCAUUUUUGGUAGUGAUUUAUUGAAGUAUGAAACGAAUUUUAAACCAACGUAUUUUAAGUGUUAAACUUCGACGUCACAAGAGGUUAGCAUGCACAUCAGGAAGCGUUCCGAGGUUCCACCCGUAGAUCCCCUCCUAAAGCAAACAUAGAUUCUGAUGCCCCUCCACUAAAUAAUACUGAACAAAAACCUUAUGCCUACCCCCAUUUGAAAUUUUUGUAGUAAUAUACCCUCUUCCACGAAGUCACACUGAUGUCAUGACAAACGAACUAAUCUUAAUCAUAAAAUCAAUUUUAUAGUAAUUCAAAAUAAGUAACUACAAUUACCUUACACAAUCACUUAAAAUGCAUUACACAGGAAAUUAGACAACAGUUACAUACACAUACGCUAAACUCAAAUCCCAUACUAGAAUAACAAAUUCGUCACACAACAUCCAAACCAAACACACCUUCCACACAUACACACACACCCCGCGUUUCGGUGUAGAGUGCAAGAAUUUAUUAUCCAAGCAACAAUAACGUACACAUUUUAAUGAAAAACCCCGAAAAUAACCACUUUAUCGAAAGCAGUAAUAUAGAACAGUAAAGCAUGUGCUAAUGGAAUGAAACGAGUAGAUCGUGCCAAAAAAAAAGAAAAACAAUUACUCUUAUUACAACCAAACAAAAUUGCUUAUCACCGACUGGAAACUCGACGAGGAAAGGGCAAAAUUAAUGAAUACGGAAAUCAAUCGGUAGGAUAGAAAGGAAAUCAAAUUACGAUUCACGGCGGACAACUAAUCAUGAUGAUUGAAAGAAGACUACGCGCAGGCAAAAAGUCAAGGCGAAGCAACUAAAGGUAACAUUAAUCCUUAGAACAAGAAGUAGGUUAAUCAAAGUGAACAAGAAGUUGAUUUUUAACAGCACUGAUAACACACACAUAAGGCAUUACAUUACUGAAUAACAUUCAUUGAGCAAAACAAACAAGAAAAAACAACAUAUUAUUAGGUGAACGAAACGGAAAUAAGAACUGCAUGUAAAGAUACGGUGUUUUUCGAUGAGCGUUUAUGACGAUGAAAGGGGAGAAGACAGGCUGCACAGAACAGUGUCGUGGUCAUUUAUGAAAUAAAACUAAACGAAAAUCA